AUCUGGCGGCCUUCGAAGAAACUCGCCCAGCGUGAUGCCGCGGAGAGGACGCUUGGCCUCUUCGUGAGCCGAUGGGCCUCGUUGAUUACCUUGGAUGAGCUCGCAGGAACUCGUGACCAGGACCCGCUGCCUGAAGCUCGAAGCGAGGUGGAGCUGUUGGAAAAGUUUUGCCAAAGGCUCUCGUGGGAUUGUCCUGCGGCGGUUAGCUGGAGCCAUCGGUGGGAGGAUGGACUUUGUCAGGCUUUCGCUGAAGUUCGUCUUCUGGAUGUGCCGCACACCUUCCCUAGCAAGAGUCACUCCACCCAGGAGGAGGCUUACGAAGAUGCUGCUCGCAGAGUACUGUGGUACUUGCAAUGCCCGGGAUACGAGGAGAAGUUCGAGCCCGACACCAGCUACGUCAAGGCAGUUGCACAGGACAUUCCAGAACCUAGCGCAUGCUGGAACAAGGAUGACAAUCUGCAGGAAGGCGGGAUUCCGUGA